AUGACGAUGGAUCGCCUCACACCCGCCAGCGCUCGUAGUUGCUUUUCUGUACUCGCCUUUCAUCCUCCUUGAGUACUUCGAAAUCUUGAACAUCCUAUAUUCUUCACAAUGGCCAAAGAAUUCCAGGACAAAGUAGUCCUCAUAACCGGAGGUGGAAGCGGCAUCGGACGCGCAACAGCCCUCAAACUCUCUUCCCUCGGCGCCAAACUCUCCGUCUGCGACCUCAAUGAAUCCUCCCUCUCCGACCUCGCCUCCGCAGCAGAAACACAAACGUACACGCAAGCAGUAGACGUAGGCAACACAACACAAGUCGGAGGCUUUGUCUCCAACACAUUGAAAGAACUCGGUAAAAUCGACUACGUCUUCAACUGCGCAGGCGUGAAUCCAACAUCCAUCCCGCUCGAAGACACCACCGACUUAUACUGGGACAAACUCGUCAACACAAACCUCAAAGGGGUUUUCCUCGUAACUCGCGCCUGUCUGCCCCAUCUAAGCAGAGGAAGUGCAAUAGUAAACGUCUCGUCCAUCAGCGGCAUCCGCGGCUCCGCGCUCCAAUCCGUCUACUGCACGACCAAAUUCGGGCUCAUCGGGAUGUCCAAGUCACUCGCGCUUGAACUGGGGCCGCGCGGGAUUCGUGUGAACUGCGUGGCGCCGGGGUACAUUGACACACCCACGAAUGCAGGGAUAGUGAAGGGUGGGGCAGCCGUGGAAAGGAUGCGGAUGGGGAAUGCGUUGGAGAGGCUGGGCACGCCGGGGGAGGUUGCGGAUGUGGUUGCAUUUUUAAUGGGGAAUGGGGCGAGGUAUGUGAACGGGAGUGUGGUAGAGAUUGAUGGGGGGUUGAAGAUGAGUAGUACUACUAGUAAGUUAUAG